UGGUGAUUGGAUGGAUACCAUGUGACGCCCUAUCCGCAAUCAUGGCAGGGAAAGAUUUGUGCGGUGUGGGAAAGAAGUGAAGAGGACGUCUGUUGUUUGUAAUGCAUUGAUAUUUUCCUCAGUUGUUAACGCAGCGCGGAAUGAAACCAAGAGGCAUGCAAAUAUUUUUUUGCUGCAGGGCUUCACUUUAUCCUUGGGCAUGGAUUUCGAAUCGGAAUGUCCAAAUGACGUGUAAUUUAUUCUUUCAGCCGAGACAGAGUAGAGCAAAGUGCGUGGUUAGCAACUAGGAUAGCUUCUGUCUAUCCAGCUAACUUCAUUACUGUACUUUAACAAAUACAUAUAGAUAGCUAGAUAACGGUAUCAGACUAACCUUUUCCCAGUUUAGUUGGUAUUUGCAACUUGUCUGUGUCGAUGCCUCUCGACAGUCUUAAACAUUCUGCUAUUCUUUCAACUUUGUUUAAAAUGGCAGACGACAUAGAAUUGAUAGGUGCUUCUGAAUUUAUAAAAGAUCGAUUAUAUUUUGCUACCCUAAGAAGUAAACCAAAAAGCACUGCAAACACACACUACUUCUGCACGGAUGACGAAUUUAUCUAUGAAAACUUCUAUGCAGAUUUUGGACCCCUCCACCUAGCCAUGCUGUAUAGAUAUUGUUGUAAACUCAACAAAAAGCUGAAGUCCUUCACACUGACCAGAAAGCGAAUCGUACACUACACCAGCUUUGACCAGCGGAAAAGGGCCAACGCUGCUGUUCUAAUCGGUGCCUAUGCUGUCAUCUACCUGAAGAAGACUCCAGAGGAGGCCUACAGGGCUCUGAUCUCAGGCUCCAAUUCUUCAUAUCUUCCCUUCAGAGACGCCUCAUUUGGAAACUGCACAUACAACCUGACUAUUCUCGACUGCUUGCAAGGAAUCCGGAAGGCCCUGCAGCAUGGAUUCUUUGACUUUGAGUCGUUUGAUGUGGACGAAUACGAGCACUACGAGCGAGUUGAAAAUGGAGACUUCAACUGGAUCGUGCCUGGGAAAUUUCUGGCCUUCAGUGGACCCCAUCCCAAAAGUAAAAUAGAAAAUGGCUACCCUCUUCACGCUCCAGAAGCAUACUUCCCCUACUUCCGACAGCACAACGUUACCUCGGUCGUCCGGCUCAACAAGAAGAUCUACGAUGCCCAGCGCUUCACGGAUGCCGGCUUCGACCACUACGACCUGUUCUUUGUGGACGGCAGCACGCCAAGCGACAUCAUCACCCGCCGCUUCCUGCACAUCUGCGAGAGCACCGACGGCGCCGUGGCCGUCCACUGCAAAGCUGGCCUUGGGCGUACAGGCACUCUCAUAGGCUGUUACCUGAUGAAGCACUACCGCUUUACAGCAGCAGAGACCAUUGCCUGGAUCAGAGUCUGCCGACCAGGCUCCGUCAUCGGCCCUCAGCAGCACUUCCUGGACGAGAGGCAAGCAGCCAUGUGGAUGCAAGGAGACGUGCAGCGUUCGCAGCAGAAGCAGCCGAGGGGCGUGUCUCACCUCACCUCCAGCAUGGAUGACCUCACCUUCAACCCCACCCACACCACCAGCCCUGGUGGCAUCCUCAAGUCCCACAGCAUCGACCGCCUCCAAGAGAACGACUACAUUGGAGAGAACGGGCUCUGCAUGACCCAAGGAGAUAAACUGCGUGCCUUAAAGGGCCGGCGCCAGCCCAGGUCUGCCACAACGGGAGCCCUAAGACUUGAAGACAUGAAAAUGCACACCAGGUCACCGUCCCAACCUUUUAGCAGGAUGAACCUCGGAGUGGGCACUCAGGGCACCAUCUCCCCUCUCAAGUCCUCCAAAGUCCCGUCAUCCUCUGCUUCGGCCAGCGCCAAGAGAAUCGGCAGCAGCUCCUCUUCGGCGUCCAACCUCAAGAGCUCCUCCAUCAACUCCAGGCUAGCCAGCUCCCUAGGCAACCUGUAUGCAGCCAACGGCGGUGAGGACAAUAAGAAGCUGCCUUUCGCUCCCACUUCAUCACCACCCUCCUCUCCCCCCUCGUCCAUCGUCACCAUCACUCCAUCGGGCCGGACGGCUCCUGGUCCCUGCUACGUGGCAAACGGCACGCGCGGCACCAAUUACUACCACCACGAGGCCAACAACAAUCAGUAUAAUUCCUCCCCCGCCGGGAUCUUCAGCCACGGUGGCCUCGCGGGGGCCCCACACCACGCUGCAGGCAGGCUGGGGCCCAGGCCUGAGGAUUAUGGCCCCUACAGAUCCCAAAAAGGGGGCUACUCCGGCCUGAGCGGACCCUCUGGCCGCUACCUCAGUCGCUCAAUCCCUUCCCUUCAAUCUGAAUAUGUUCAAUACUAAAUCGGUGGUUCUGCGUUGACCAAGCCCGAACAGACACCUUGACACUGGACCUCUGACCUGGAUGGGAUGGGUCUCCCACCCCCUUUUUUUCUCUCGCAAUAUCUCCCCCACUCUCUCCCACAUACUGAAAGGAAAAUUAAUAAACCGUGGCAUCUGAAUGGGUGUGGUCUUUGGAGACGGGCACAUCGACAGCCACAAACUCCCAUGGGCUCAUGGAACUUUGAGUUUUGGGCUUCUUCUGUCAGCCUCAGACGGCCUCGAUCCACCCUAACUGCAGUCACUGUUUGGAUAAUGCUUACAAAGGGUGAUUUGUUUACCCAGCUUUCCCCCCCCUUUUUUUCUGGCGAGCUAUGAUUAGGCUUGGCCAGGCUGUGACCUAUGUGAGUGCUCUUUCUUUAAAGCUGAGAUCCGGCCAUAUAGACUUUCCUGUAUCACAUAUCUCUGUUUUCUUUUAUAUGUUUAUGUGCUAAUAUGGUGUACACAUGACUUGUACUGGGGGGGGGAGAAAGAAAUAGUUAAAAAUAAUCAUUUUAGAUGAGGUUUUUAUACAUGAAAUAUGACCAUUUUGUUUCCUGGAUAAAGACAUUUUUAUUUAGAAGUGGUUUAAAGAACAUGUUUUGGUUUAUGACAAUUCUAUUUUUGUCUCUUGAGUGUAACUACUUCACUAACAAUAUAUCUAGAUGAAAAUAUGUGAGAUUAAUGGAGAGACGGCUUACGGUAUUUUGCGAGCCGUGUUCCUUAUCAACAAAGUAUUUACAGGACCAGGCUCAGGGUAAAGUGCUCUCCUAUUUACAAUUGUGUUUUGUGCGUGGGUUGGGGUGUACGUGCAUGUAGUAGCAUGUACGUACCAUAGACUGAGAAUAUGUACGUAUGUGCCCAUGUGAGCGAGUGUUUGCGCGUGUACAUGAAAGAGAUUGAGUGGUGACCGUGUGUAGGGGGUUGUCUAGAGAUCAUGUUUGCAGUCCUCUGGUGAUGGGCUCUAGAGAAGAGAUGUGAAUGGAAGAGAAUUACAUAUAGGGAAGAAAUGAAUGCUGUUUCUUCACUAUUCUAAAAAUAUUUUGUUUGUUUGUUUUUGAUUAAGUCAAUUCAAUCGACUGGUGGGUUUUGGUACCCCAUUUUCAAUUGGAACUAAUAAAUAACGUUCUCCUCUGUCGCAAGCCUACAGGAGAUUUGCAUAUCAAUGGGACAGCUAUAGGAUAAAUACUAAAGUCAUACCUGCAACCAGCGUUGUGUAGGCCUUGUGACUGUACUGUAUGUUUAGCAUGACAAACCAAAAGGAUGAUUCAAACCGUGGUCAUUACUAGAGGAAAUUUGAGUUGUGGUGUUGGACCGACUCCACCCACAACACAAGCCUCAGUCCCUACAGUAUACUGUUCAUGCCAGGCAGCUCAGCAACCCUCUCCACAGACACAGGAUCCCACUGCAAUCAUGCUCUUUUUAAUGGGAAAAUGUUUGAUUUUAAUGAGCAGAUUGUCAGUGUUAUUCGACACUCAUUGACUCGCUGUAGAUUACGAAACUUGAUUUCGUCGCAGCCUUUUUUAAAACGCGCGCACACACACCCCCUACUGUAGAACCAAUUAUGUUUGUUUUCUAAUUCAAGGUGCAGUGGAAGUUCAUCGCUAUUACUGAAAUAUUUCCAUGUUGUGUGGCGUGUUUGUGUUGAAUGUAAAAACAAUUCAGAGACUGUUUUUCCUGGCUUGUGUGUAUUAUAAUUAGUUCAGCUUGUAGAUGUAGAGAACUUUUCAGCUUUGCAGGUAGAGGUUCCUGAAGAAAAAAAAACUGAAAAGCACAACAGUCCCCCCAAAAAAUGCUUUCUUUAGAAUGUAAUGCUGGAUGUCAUUGGGUGCACAAUGCAGCGGUCAUUAUCAAAGCUGUUUUUCUACCAAUGAGGAUGGCCUACGAUGGCCCAACUAAGUACAUUUUCUGUUGGACCUUUGUAACAAUAGAUCCAUAUAUUUGGAUGCUUAUUUUUUUAUUUUAUGUAGUUGAAUAUUGAAGUUGAUUUGGGGAGAGAGAAAUGGAUACAGAAGCAUCUGUUUAUCACUGAUUUGAUCAUUGUUGUUAUUCUUUUAGACCUCUGUACAUUCCUGGCAGUGGAAUUAUUUUGUUUCAAAAUGGGAGAAUCUUAAUGCAGGUGUUCUACCUCCAUGAAAUGUACAAUUUUAAUAGCAAAAUUCUUACUUGCAUAUAUUUUUUCAAGCAGUAUGUAAAGAAAAUGUUAUAACUGUAGAUCAGUAUUUUUCAUACAGUAAGCAUACUAAAAUGCAAAUGUCUCUACUAUAUGUACACAGAGCAGAAAUAUAAACGCAACAUUUUAAAAGAUUUUACUGAGUUCAUUUAAGGAAAUCGGUCAAUUAAAAGAAUUGCAUUAGGCCCUAAUCUAUGGAUUUCACAUGACUGGGGAUACAGAUAUGCAUCUGUUGGCCACAGAUACUGUACUUUAAAAAAUAGGUAGUGCUGUGGACCAGGGGAAAAAAACAGCCCGUAUCUGGUGUGACCACCAGUUCCACUCCUCUUCAAUGGCUUGGCUGUGUGAAGUUGCUGGAUAUUGGCAGGAACUGGAACAUGCUGUCGUACAUAUCGAUCCAGUGCAUCCCAAAAGUGCUCAAUGGGUGACAUCUGGUGAGUAUGCAGGCCUUGGAAGAAUUGGGACAUUUUCAGCUUCCGGGAAUUGUGUACAGAACCUAGCGACAUAGGGCCACGCAUUGUCAUGCGGAAACAUGAGGUGAUGGCGGCGAAUGAAUGGCAUAACAAUGGGCCUCAGUAUCUCGUCACAGUAUGUCUAUGCAUUCAAAUUGCCAUUGAUAAAAUGUAAUUGUGUUCAUUGUCCAUAGCUUAUGCCUGCCCAUACCAUAAUCGCACAACCAUCAUGUGGCACUCUGCUCACAAUGUUGACAUCAGCAAACCGCUCACCCACACGAUUCCAUACACGGUCUGCCAUCUGCCCGGUACAGUUGAAACUGCGAUUUCAGCAUGCCAGUGGCUAUUGAAGGUCACCAUUUGCCAACUGAAGUCGGUUAAAAUGUACUGCAGUCGGGUCAAGACCCUGGUGAGGACGACAAGCAUGCAGAUAAGCUUCACUGAGACAGUUUGUGCCAAAAUUCUUUGGUUGUGCAAACCCACAGUUUCAUUAGACGAUCCUGCAGGUGAAAAAGCCGGAUGUGUAGGUCCUGGGAUGGCGUGGUUACACGUGGUCGGCGGUUGGAUAUACGGCCAUAUUCUCUAAAAUGGGGUUGGAGGUGGCUUAUGGUAGAGAAAAUGAACAUUCAAUUCACUAACUGAUGGACAUUCCUGCGGUCAGCAUGCCAAUUGGCAUACGUUGUGACACAGCAGCAUAUUUUAGUGUCCCCAGCACAAGGUGCACCUGUGUAAUGACCGUGCUGUUUCAUCAGCUUCUUGAUAUACCCCACCUGUCAGGUGGAUGGAUUAUCUUGGCAAAGGAGAAUUGCUCACUGAGCGAUGUAAACAAAUGUGUGCAUAAAAGUUGAGCAAAAUACGUUUUUGUGCAUAUAGCACAUUUCUGGUAUGUUUUUGUUUCAGCUCAUUAAAAUGGGACCAAUACUUAACAUAUUGCGUUGUAUAAUUUUUGUUCAGUGUAUAUAUUUUACAUUUACAGUUAAUGCAGGUUUCUAAAGUAAGUAACAAAAUAAAAACACAAUUUAAAGAU